AUGCCUUUGUGCUUGUUUGAUCUGCCGACGUAUAGCAUACAACACAGACCGACCAUAUACUAUCCGUACGACGAUGACCUCAAAGUGAAGACCCAGAGACCACGCUCAGCCGACCAGCCAGGCGACCCCGCGGCGGAGGAGUGGUCUCAGUGGAGUAUGUGCUCUCUGACCUGUGGACAGGGCUGGCAGGUGCGGACGCGCUCAUGCGUGUCCUCUCCUUAUGGGACCCUGUGCAGCGGUGCGCUACGGGAGACACGCAUGUGCAACAACACUGCCUCGUGCCCAGGUGACCCGGGCAUCAUCAGCUCCGUGCAUGGGCUGUGGGAGGAGUGGUCGUCAUGGAGUCUGUGCUCUGUAACCUGUGGGCGGGGCCUCCGGACACGAACCAGGAAGUGUGCGAAUGCGGAUGAGGCGGCGGAGUGCGAUCGACCGCAGUCUGAGACCAAACCCUGCAACAUAGCCAUGUGUCCGGUGGAGGGCCAGUGGAUGGAGUGGGGCCCCUGGUCGCGGUGCAGUGUGACGUGUAACAUGGGGACACAGCAAAGGCAGAGGAGGUGCAGUGCGUCCGUACACGGCUGGGCGGAGUGCAAAGGCGCCCACCAGGAGAGCCGAGACUGCACCAACCCGGCCUGCAGCGGUGGGAACUGGAGCAUGUGGAACCACUGGAGUUUAUGCAGUAAGACUUGUGACUCGGGCUGGCAGCGUCGCUUCAGGACCUGUGGGAGCAACGCGGGAGAGAGUACGCCGUGCGAGGGAUCGGCCGAGGAGGUGCGCUCCUGUAACGACAACAAGUGCCCUGCGCCGCAUGAGAUCUGUAAAGAAGAACACCUACUCACCAUGACGUGGAAGAGAGCCUCGGCUGGAGAGACAGUCUACAACAAGUGUCCAACCAAUGCUACCGGAUCUGCUAGUCGUCGAUGUAUGCUGGACAAUAAUGGUGUUGCUUUCUGGGGUCCUCCGAGCUUCGCUAGAUGCAUCUCUCUUGAAUUUAGAUAUUUACAUAUUUCUUUACGAGAGCAUCUCGCGAAGGGUCAGAGGACCCUGGCUGGGGAGGGCAUGUCUCAGAUCGUACGGAGUCUCCUGGAGCUUUUGCAGAGAAGGAGCUACUACAGUGGCGACCUUCUCUUUUCCACGGAGAUUCUACGAAAUGUGACGGACACCUUCAAAAGAGCAACCUACAUCCCAGCUCCCGACGACGUGCAGAAAUAUUUCCUCAUAGUCAGUCAUAUGUUGGACAUGGAUAAUUUAGAGAAAUGGGAGGACGCACACCAGGUCGCUCCCGGGGCAGCGCUGCUCAUGAGGAUAUUAGAAGAUUUCAUUCACCUCAUUGGAGAAGCCCAGAAGCCAUUUCAAAGUUUUCUCGUGGUGACCAACAAUCUCAUGAUAACCAUUCAGAGAGAGCCAGUGUCAGCAGUUUCCAGCGAUAUUAACUUCCCCAUGAAGGGCCGCAGAGGGAUGAAAGACUGGGCCAGAACUGCGGAGGACAAGCUUUAUAUCCCCAAGGAAGUCUUCACCAUCCCCACAGAAGAGACGGAGAGUGACUCAGAAUCUCCAAUGUACUAUGUAAUCGGAGCGAUCUUAUACCGGACUUUGGGCGUCAUCCUUCCAGCACCAGCUCCACCUGCAGUGAUCAACUCCAAGAUUCUGACUGUGACUGUCCGACCUGAACCACAGCCGAGCGAGCCCAUGGUGGUGGUCGAGCUGUCACCACUCCUCAAUGGCACAUCCGACCCUCAGUGCGUGGUCUGGGACUAUGGCAACCCCAUGUCGGCGCGCAGCAGUGGCUCUCUGGAGUUGGGCAGAAGAGCACUUGAUGUUGACGUGAACAUGUGGUACAAAGCAGCCGUUUGUUUGCUGACGGAUAUCACCUCUUUCUGUCUGGCUGUGUCUCCCUGA